UAGAGAGAGCGGGAGAAAGUUGUCUCUCUCUCUCUCUCUCUCUCUGUCUCUCCCUCCAUCUCUUCCCACUUAAAGGCCAAAACUUUAUUCAUUUCCUCUUCAUCCAUCCACUCUCUCUCUCUCUCUCUCUCUCUCUCUCGCUCUGUAAAGUCACUAAAUAAGGUGGAGAAAGCAGGAGGAGGAGGAGAAGGAGGUGGUGAAGCUGAUCGUAUCAGAACACUGAAACAGAGCAUCAACGAGACUCAGCCCCUGCAGCGCCACAGACAGAGAUAGAGAAAGAAGACUGCACCUGGAGCUGAUAUUGGCAAAGUUGGCUGCUCUGUUGUCCACCAUUUUCUUCCUCCAGGAACUGGAGAAGAGAUGAGCUCCAGAGCACGAAUUUCCCUUCGACCCACUAAACCAACUUCAGCUCCCGAUGAGAAGGAGAAGAUGGAGAAGCCAGGAACAAAAUUCUAUGGUCCCGAGAAGACAGUGACCAACCGCCGGCGACUGAACAGGGAAAAGAAGUUGGCUUUGCUUCAAGAUGUUGAUAAGCUGAAGAGGAAGCUUCGGCAUGAAGAGAAUGUGCACAGAGCGUUGGAGAGAGCUCUGACUCGGCCUCUCGGAGCUCUUCCCCGUCUUCCUCCUUAUCUUCCUCCAUAUACAUUAGAACUCUUGGCUGAAGUUGCUGUUUUGGAAGAAGAGAUUGUUCGACUCGAGGAGAAGGUGGUGAAUUUCCGUCAAGGUCUAUAUCAGGAGGCUGUAUACAUUUCGUCCAAAAGAAACGCGGAGAAUUUGAGCGAUUCCAUGGAUGAUUUUCCUGUCAGAAGGGCCAAACAUGAGCGGUCAAAGUCUCUCUCCCAGAGCGAGUUCAGUUCUCUAACUUCCAUUUCAACUUCGAGGCUUCAGUCUUCUCUUACAAGAAGCACAUCGAGCAGGAAGCUGUUAUCUUCUGAUACCGUAUUAGAUCGGUCAGCAAACACUUCAAGCAGGAUGAUGAACGGAAAAUCCAGUCUUAGGAAACUCAAUUCCCCUCAACCGCCGAUCCCGGAAGACAUUCGUGGGAAGGAGAAUUUCUCCUCUGUGAAUUCCGCUAAAGAUAGGCAGUUUCUCGAAAAGACUGGUGCAAAGUCUACUACACCAGUUAAGAGAACUCCAAUCAAGAAAGACCCCUCUUCUGAAAGUUCUACUGAUUCAGUGAGGUUGCAGCUAGAGAGCAGAUUCAUUGAGCAUGAAAAAGCGCAUGAGAGCUCAUUGAACUCUUCAGAGGACUGGUCAUUGCAAGGAGAUAGCAUCACACCAAACAAGAUCUCAGAGGAAACGGUCCGCUGUCUGUCAAACAUAUUUGCCAGAAUGAGCACAUCAAAGGGCAAAGCUCAUGGGCCCGAGAACUCACCAGGAGAAUUUGCUUCAUGGGAUUGUUACGACACUUGUCCUGAAUUGCGACAGAGAGAUAUUGGUCCUUACAAGCGAUUGCUAGCGGUUGAAGCCAGCUCAAUCGAUCUUAACAGAAAAACAAACGCGUUGUUCCUACUCCAUAGACUAAAGUUCUUGCUCGGGAAGCUUGCCUCUGUUCGCUUAGACGGGCUUAGCCAUCAGCAAAAGCUUGCAUUUUGGAUUAACACCUACAACUCUUGCAUGAUGAAUGCAUUCUUAGAGCAUGGGAUACCCGACACACCCGAGACAGUCGUGGCAUUGAUGCAAAAGGCGACGAUUGAUGUGGGAGGCCUCUUGCUGAACGCUAUCACAAUUGAGCAUUUUAUAUUGAGAUUGCCGUACCACUUAAAAUUUACAUGCCCAAAAGCUUCAAAGAAUGACGAGAUGAAGGCACGGAGUACAUUUGGGUUGGAGUGGUCUGAGCCGCUUGUCACAUUUGCUCUCUCCUGUGGAAGCUGGUCUUCCCCUGCAGUGCGGUUAUACACUGCAUCUCAAGUCGAGGACGAGCUCGAUGCAGCAAAGAAGGACUAUCUCCAGGCAGCAGUUGGAAUAUCAAAGGCAAACAAGUUGAUAAUCCCGAAGCUGUUGGACUGGUACCUCCUCGAUUUUGCGAAGGACAUGGAGUCACUGCUCGACUGGAUCUGCCUUCAGCUGCCAGACGACCUUCGAGACGAGACAGUCAGAUGCCUAGAGAGGAAGGGCGAGGAGCCGCUCUCGAAGCUUGUUCGAGUUGUUCCUUAUGAUUUCAGCUUCAGGCUUCUGCUUCCGCACCAGUAAGAGCAGCAUUAUCGAAUGGAAAGGAAAUGGAAUGGAACUUUCUUUGCAGGACAGCCAGAUCAUUUCAUAUGAAGAUUCCUUUCCACUUCAUUCCCACCCGGUUUGGUCAUAGUGAGCAUGCCACCCGGUUUUGCUUCAUAGAAUUCAAAUGUGGAUAGUUCUGCUUUUCUAUUAUAGUUAUAAGAACAUAUAUAAAGUUGACAUGGUGGUGUAUACUUGCACAAUGUGGCAUUUGUAAAUGAACUGUUGAGUUGAAAGUCCUCUGUUGUUAUGAGUUUUCAUCUGAUUCGGAAUUUUUUCGAGGAAA